GGCUUCUCAAGCUGGGUCCGUGAUCUCUAUAUUAAUUAUAAAUCCCUCUUCGCAUACCCAAUCUAUUCAUCUUCAUUCAAUCCAGAUGUAUAAUGGCAACAGUAUCAAAUCUUGCGCUUCUUCUUGUGGCAAGACUGGCCAUCUCUUUAUAUAUGCAAGAGGCGGGAGCAGUUAAGUUUGAUAUACGGAACCAGUGCGGGUACACAGUCUGGGCGGCGGGAUUACCUGGAGGAGGGCAGCAGCUCAACCAGGGUCAAACAUGGACGGUGAAUGUGCCGGCGGGGACAAAGGGAGCAAGAUUCUGGGGCCGAACCGGCUGCUCUUUCGAUGCGAGCGGGAGAGGAACCUGUCAAACCGGUGACUGCGGCGGCCAACUGAGCUGCACAGUCUCGGGAGCCGUUCCCACCACGCUGGCCGAGUACACCCUCAAUGGAAGUAGUAACCAGGACUUCUACGACAUCUCGCUGGUGAACGGCUUCAACGUUCCUCUUUCCAUCACUCCCACCAAUACUCAGUGCACCGCCCCUGCAUGCAAAGCCGACGUGAAUGCUGUGUGCCCCACUGAAUUGAAGGUAGAUGGCGGAUGUAAAAGUGCCUGCGCUGUCUUUCAAACUGACCAGUAUUGCUGCAGAGGUACCUAUGUCGGCAACUGCCCUGCCACAACCUAUUCGAUGGUAUUCAAGAACCAGUGUCCUCAGGCCUACAGUUAUGCCAACGACGAUGACUCCAGCACAUUCGUUUGCCCCUCUGGUAGCACCGACUACGUUAUUGUUUUCUGUCCAUCCCAGCCCAUACCGACGCACAAAUACAUACAUGUAUACAUACGUUUAAAUGUGGAAUAAUGUAUUUAGUCGACAGACUAUUUUAAGUGGGGAACAACCCACCAGAUUUAUGUCUCGUGUGAUUUCUUACAUCGGGAAUUUAUUGGAAAUUUACGGACAAGGAAGGUAUGAAUUUAUUAACCACAGUAUCAUGUUUUUUUUUGGUCAUUUAACGGCAGAAGUCAAAAAAUUUAUAUUAAAGAUUAUGUUUCAGAAAUAAAAUAAAAAAAUAGCAGUCCGAGUAUCCAACUGAACUGUCCUAGCCAAGAUAGAUUUCCAGAGCAAGUCUAAUGUUGAGCACCAAAAAAAACUUGAACUUGGUAAACAGGAGUCUAGAAAUUCAUAUCUCUUUCAAGCUUGAAAUCACCCUUGGGAUGAAGAGCCAGGAUGAGAGCUAGUUUGUUCUGCACCACUACUGCCACGUCCUCUGCGACCACGACCCCUCUCUCUGGUCCGACCUCUCCCUCGACCACGACCACGACCGGUACCUUGAGACCCCUGCCGUGGAACACUGCUUUGAUCCCUCUGUGGAUGAGCUGAGUUAUUUCCAUUUCUGCUGGGAAGAUUUUCUUCUUCUUUCGGAUGAAGGAGACCAUUCAGGAUAGCAAAAUCUCUUAAUUCCUACUCCUUAUCCGGAUCCUCUGUCUGGUCAGUGAGAAACUUCCAUUUUAAAAAAGAACGCGCCAUAGCAGAAAAUGCUCUGUGUCUCAUUAGGGCCGAACCGAACCAAAGUAUCAUUUUAAAUGACACGUAUCAUCUUUCAUGGAUUACUUUUUUUAAUUAUUACCUUUGUAUAUAUUUUCUUUGUUAACAUUUGUUUUGCAAAUAGUUUAACAUUUUUGAAGGUUUGUUGAUUAUUACUGUACGUGGCUAUCUUCGUUUCGAUAUGGCUUCGCUGGAAGCUUCUACCACCAUUCCUUCCACAGCUUCGCUGCCGGUUCCUACGGUCUAAACCCACAUAUCUUAGUCUUUAAAAUUCAUGAGCCAGUAUAAUGACACAAAAACUGUGUAGAAAUAAGAUGUAUGAUGCAGAAAAUCUGUGAAGAAGAAUGCAAGAGGAUAUGGCAGCAGUUGGAAUCUGGAGGACAUCGUGCCUCUUGAAUCCAGCCAAAAGUCUGAUGAUCUAGCUCUUAUAGGUGCACAUUGAUGAGAUGUUUGAGAUGUUUUCACUUGUAUUGAAACCCCAGUAGAUAGUUUCAGGUGGUCUGAACUUUUGCUGAUAUAGCAAGGCUAUGACCAAAUUCUUCAUUUGGUUUUUUAUUAUUAAAUACACGUCACAGUGGUAUUUUUGGCGAGAAUUAUCACCGCUUGUGCUUUUCCUAUAGUGGUUUGAAUUAUGUGAAAUCAUGUGUGUCUUAAAAAAGAGGUUGAUUUUUUUUUAGUACGUUUGAAGACAUUGACAAUCGAACUCUUUCGUAGAAGUAGGAGAAGGUAUUUGGAGCAAGAAACUACUGUUUGUUGACCUUGCCCAAUACAUAUAUAGCUAGAUACUGGAUUACUUUUGUAGUA